AUGGUCCGUUAUUAUCGAUACACCACUUGUGAUUUGAAGCGACUUGGUGCGACCAGUUUUUCGCCAGUGCUUUGUGAGUUUACCGACACUGUUACCGGCCUGAGUUCGAUCCGAGCUUUUCGUGCGGAGCAGUUCUUCAUCCAGAAGGCCGACGAAUCAAUCGUCGCUUUCCAGCGUACCCAGUUCAGCACGUUGGCCUGUCGCAUGUGGCUGAUGAUCCGGCUGCAGACGAUUGGCAUUGUCUUGAUUUUGGCAGUGGCACUGACUGCGGUUAUCGAACACAAACUUCGCAACGUAGACCCAGCCCUCGUCGGUUUGGCGCUUUCCUACGUCUUGUCGAUCACUGGUCUUCUGGACGGGUUCGUGCAGUCAUUGACAGAAACCGAGAAGGAGAUGGUGUCCGCCGAACGAAUACUGCACUACGUGAACCAGACUCCUCAGGAAAAGUGGACGGGAAUACUCAGUGUAUGA